AUGACUCCUAUCCGCUCAUUCAUGCUCAUGGCUGCUCUGGCAUUCUCGAAUGUGGAAGCUUUGGCUGGCUGUCAGAACUCGGUGUACAACGAGACAGUCGCCUACUUCAACAGCGCGCCCGUCACCUUCAGCUUCGAGAUCGCCACCGCCACUGAAUGCCAGAACUGGUGCCGAAAUGUCAAGGCAUGCCAAGCCUGGCUUUAUGUCGACCAAUCAGGCCAGUGUGACUUGCACCGCACCAAAGCACUGAGCCUUUCGGACAACAUUGGCUUCACAUUUGGCGGAUGCGAGCCGAGUCCCGAGUCUCGGUUACCUCCAUCUCCCAUUGCAUCUCCCACUGCAUCUCCCACUGCAUCCUCCUCCGCUGCUGCGAGCAAAAAUCAGAUCCCUUCAGAGAGUUCUACCUUGCCCCGUGCGAGGCGUGAAAUUUUUCGCCAUAGACACGAACAUCACCAUUGA